GUCCUCAAUGGUGAAUUGGGAGGGAGCGGGAGAUGCAGUGUCGAAGUCGUCAUCGAAGGUGGGUUGAGUGGUGUUGUUAUGGAAAAUGAGGGGGCGGGAGGGAGCGGGCGCAGACGGGUGAUGGGGAUGGAGGAGUCGAUCGUGGUGAAGCAUGCGAGAGAGGAGGUCAGCAAGGGGCAUGUCGGGUUCGUGGGCGAGGGCGAUUGCAAGAUCUUUGUGGCAUACUCGCUUGAUGCGGGAGAUGAACGCAAAGUCGGGAAUGACGGUGGUGGGGAGGUGAUGGCGGAGGGAGCAGAUGUAUUGGACGAAGCUGUCCGUGGGACCGGUCUGGCGGAGGUGACAGAAUUGUUCGAGGUAGUCAUCAAUGGUUUUCUGGGGGCGGAAGGUGGCAGUGAGAAGUUUGGCCCAUUGGAGGAAGGAGUGACGUGGUCCUCCGGAGGCGCGGUGGUUGCUGACUUCAGCCAUCCACCAUUUCGCGGCAUUACCGAGGAGGCGGGAGGUGGCAAUGGGGAGCCAGUGGGCAAGGGGCAUGUGGUGGAGCUGAAAAGAGUUUUGAAGCUGGGCGGAGUGCUGGAUGCGCCGGAUGAGGGAGGAGGUUGUGGGAAGGGAACGGUGGUGGAGGUUGAAGGGUUGGUGGAUGUGGUGGUAGAGGUGGUAGGAGUGGAGGAGGUCGGCGGGGGAGUGUUGCUGGAGGCGGCUGUGGAGGAGGGAGGUGGAGCCGUGGUGACGACCGUGAUGGAGGGGAUGGUCCCUUCGAUCGUGGGGACGUGGUCGCAUAUGGAUGACAUGUUGGCCUUUAUGUCGUCGAGAGAGGCAGUGACAGAGGUUCGGAGGGUCUUGAGUGCGUGGAGGAUGGCGGAGAGGUCGGGGGUGGCGGUGUUUGCUGGAUGUUGUUCGCCUGGGAGGUUUCGGGCGAUGCUAUCGACCGAGUCGGUGCGGAUGUCCGACAUGUUGAUGGAGGAUGCGGUCAUGUCGGGGGAAGAGGGGGUUAAGGACGCGGCCGGAACGGAUGUGGAGGAUACCGCAGCAGCGGUGGCAGCGGCAGCAGUGGCGGCGGCGGCGGCGGCGCGUUGGGAGUUCUUGGUUUGGCGUGGUGGCAUGUGGGGAUGGGGGGGACAAUUCCUAUUUACAAGAAUAAAGCUGUAUUGCUCUAUUGCUAGGUUUGAGCUGUUUGCAAUCAAUUUCUUUGUCCUUUGCAUGAAUGAUGUGUGCAUCAGGGUCAUUGCCCGGCUAGCAUCAUCCAUCACGGGAGAAGAGCUCCCCUCAGACUUUUACCCAGUAGCACAUGGGAAUGCCAAACCAUGCACAUCUGCUGCAUCUGGUGCCAUUCGCAAGAGUUUGAGUGAACUCUUAAAAGCUCUUCGUGUGCUGCUGGAUCCGGCAGAAGCAGAGUCACAUGCUCAAGUGCAUCCUCAGGCGGCACAGCAGGACCAAACCAAAUAUCGAGCCUGGAAUCAAGCUUGGGCCAAGGCUUCAGCAGUUCGCUCCAGAUAUCAGGCACAAGAGCACCGUUCAAGGGCGAAUCCCCCGAAGGAAACUGGGCUCGGUACACUCUCGCCAAAGUCAAAGAAGGUCAUUGCUACGAGGCCGGCAUCUGCAAAAGCUCCAGGAGUGGCAGCAAGUCAACGCCCUGAACCUCGCCAACAGAACCCGAUUUCUCCUCCUCCUCCUCCUCCUGGGAGUCCUAAGCCAACCUCCAAUUUUGAAGAGUCUAAGGCAUCCCUCAACGUCAUCCCACCAGCGUCGCCACAACCUGCUGAGCUUGCCACGUCAGACGAUGCUGCCGAUGUCCCCGGACCGGAUUUGGUACCAGAGCGAGCAGAUGUGCAAAGACAAAUUAAUUCAUCCCCACGAAGACCAGCUUCUGCAUCUGCAGCCAGUUCUACAGUGCGAGCACUGCAAAAGAGGUUGGAGCAAUACAAGAAGGUAGGAUUCAAUGCCCUUGGAAAUCCAGAAAGCAAAUGAAAAUGAUACCUUGAAAUUGGCUUCGCAUAUUGGAAAAUUGCGGCUUUCAGAGGACUCAUAGACCACUGUUAAAUUGUUAUCAUCUCAGCAACCUGGAGCUUUGUCUGAUCAUGCGGAUGAGGAUGUCAGUUUGGUCUGUGCGUGACAUGGACACACACUCCACACAUGAUAUUUGGCCACCUCAAACCUCGUAUUAAACUUGCAUAGUGUAUUCUGCGAAACGUAACCUGCUAAUUGAAAAAAUUCCCCAAACCUUUGGCUGAUAGUGCUGUUUGAAGCUAGGCUAAGAUUUGGGUGGCCUGAGGUUCCGAGGGGCAGGCAAGGCCCACACAAGCGGCCAGUGCCACAUUCAAAAGGAUAAGAAGAUGAAAGAUUUGAAAUUCUGAAAAUGCAAUGAGUUCGUUCUUCAAUCGAAUGUGUCAUGUUCACACCGAGUCACAAACUUUAGCACAAAAAAGGGAUGAGAUAAAAGACACUUGAUAUG